UUGACAGUGGCACUGAGGAAACACGCCGCUCUUGGAAUAACGACAUGGGCUCUGGAGACGGUCUGAGGAUGAUCGCUGUGCUGGUUGGAGUCUUUGCGGUUUUGACGGUGCAAGCUGUUCCGACAUUUACCGGUGAUAAUGCAGAUGCAGGUGAACUGAGGGACGACAUACUUGACAUCAACAGAGACUUAAAACACCUGUUUGAGGGAGACAUCGCUGGUAAUCCCAGCAGAAAUGCAAUCCUCGAUGAAACAAGAAGAUGGAAGUUUCCCAUCCCCUACAUCCUGACUGAUUCUUUAGAUCUGAAUGCUAAAGGUGUGAUCCUCCAGGCUUUUGAGGAGUACCGUUUGAGAUCCUGCGUGGACUUCAAGCCGUACGAGGGAGAGAGCAGCCACAUCUCCUUCACCAAGCUCUCUGGAUGCUGGUCAUAUGUUGGAGAUGAUAAAACCGGGCAGAAUGUGUCCAUUGGGGCCAGGUGUGACACUAAGGCCAUUGUGGAGCACGAGCUCCUCCACGCUCUGGGCUUUUACCACGAACAGUCUCGCUCAGACAGAGACGACUAUGUGAAGAUCUGGUGGGACCAGAUUGAAGAAGGGAGGGAGCACAACUUCAAUAAGUACGAGGACGACUUUGUCACUGAUCUGAACACGCCGUAUGACUACGAGUCCAUCAUGCACUACAGGCCGCUGUCUUUCAACAAGAACGAGAGCAUCCCCACAAUCACCACCACCAUACCGUAUUUUAAUGAGGUCAUUGGCCAGCGGCUGGACUUCAGUGCUGUUGACCUCAUCAGGCUCAACCGCAUGUACGACUGUGCCAGUACACACACUCUCCUGGACCAGUGCUCAUUUGAGCUGAUCAACAUCUGUGGGAUGAUCCAGAACGAGCAAGACAACGCAGACUGGGUCCAGACGUUGAGCAGUCCAGCUGAUACUGAUCACACCCUGGUGGGGCGCUGCAGAGAUGCUGGCUACUUCAUGAAGUUUGACACGUCCUCUGGUGCAGUUGGCAGCAGUGCCUUGCUGGAGUCACGUAUCCUCUACCCUAAAAGAGACGAACAGUGCCUGCAGUUCUUCUACAAGAUGACCGGAGAAGCUGGGGACAAACUGGUGAUAUGGAUCAGGACUGAUGAUGGCACAGGGAACGUGCGCAGCGUCAGGAAAAUCCACACCAUCACUGGUGAUGGAGAUGACUCCUGGAAAAUAGCCCACGUGACUCUCAAGGUGACAGAGAAGUUUCGCUAUUUCUUCCAAGGCAUCAGAGGUUCAUCCAACUCCUCGGGCGCCAUCUUAAUCGAUGACAUCACUCUUACAGAGACUAGUUGCCCCAGUGCUGUCUGGCAAAUCCACAACUUCACCAGCCUCCUCGACACCACUCCUGCUGGCAGUCCAGUGAAAAGCAAGUGCUUCUACAACUCGGAGGGCUACUCAUUCGGCAUCAGUGUUUACCCGAAUGGACGAGACAGUGUCUACCCAGAGUACGUCGGCAUGAGCUUGCAUCUCUGCAGUGGGGAAAAUGACGCAGUGAUGCAGUGGCCAGCUGAAAACAGGCAGGCGACCAUCGUUGCCGUGGAUCAGGACCCUGAUGUGAAACUGAGGAUGUCCUCUACAAGAAGCUUCACCACAGGCACUCACGCCCGCUGGAACAAGCCAACAGCUACUUCAGGGGCAGUGUUUGAUGAGAGCUGCAAGUGUUACCGCGGCGACGACUUUGGCUGGAGCACAUUCAUGUCUCACAAGCAUCUGCACAGAAGGAGCUUCCUCAAGAACAAUGACCUCAUCAUCACUGCUGAAUUCAAUGAUUUGACCCACCUGAUCAAGACUGAGGUGCCUGUCAAACCUGCUGCACUGAUUGAUGACAUCACAGAUGAGGAGGAGCCAAUCAGUGAGGUGGAAGUGAGGCCGGAGGCUCCAAAACACAGAGAAGCACGAGCUGCCAACCCCUGUUAUCCCAACCCUUGUUUUAAUGGAGGCGUGUGUGUGGAGAGUGAAGGGGAAGCAUCAUGCAGGUGUGCAACAACCCAGACCACCUACUACAGUGGCAAAACAUGUGAGCGACUGAACAUGGACAGAAGCAUUCUGGGAGCUCUGGUUGGUGGCGCAGCCGGGAUGGUGGUUCUUACACUGGCCAUCUUCACCGUCAUUAGGAGAGCCCAGUGAAACGGACUAUUGUGUCCUCUACGUUCUUACAGCAGUGAAAUCACAGCAAAAGUAGUGCCAAUACCAGAGGGAAAUAUGCAAAUGGAUCCUGGGCUGAUCGCUGGUACACAUUAAAAGAUUUGUAGUUUUCUGUUUGAGAAAGAGCCUAAAGGUAAGGCUUUUCAAAUCUGGACCUCCCCCCAAAAAUGCAAAUUAAUACAGGGCUGACUUUUAAAAUUUAGCUGCACUAACCUUAAGCUUUAAAAUGAGGAACUUGGAGCGUCCUGUGAAGUUAUACUUUAGCAUAGGUUUCACAAAUAAGGAGAUACGUCAUCUUUUGGCACAUCAGCAUCACAACAUCAUCUGCAUCAGGACGUUGAAAAGAUUACUUGUAAUUUUCCUAAAAAUGUUUUUUUUCUCUCUAAAUUAUGACUUUACUCUUGUAAUAUUAUAAAUAAUAUAAAUAUUAUAAAUGAUGUCUCCCAAGCUAACAACAUUAUGCAGGAGGACAGCAUCAGUAGCUCUGUGUACCAUAGUGGUUUAUUUGUAUGUUAAAAGUAAUCACAUGUAGUCUGCUAAAUUAACUGUAUUAUGAAAAAUGUACGUUUGGAUUCAAAUAUAUAAAUCGCAUGUGUGAAGAACAAUAAAAGACUUUCUAUUC